AGUUUUCUAUUUUUAUUUUCCUGUAUUUAAACCGAAAUUUAAUAAUCAACUAAGCUGUUGUUACUUUCAAUGUAUUAAAUUAGUCGUGGAAAGUACCUAUAGGUUAUUAUUAUGAUCUCCAUAUGUUUACUUCCACAUUUAAAAUAGCGAAGAGACCUUGACAUGUACAUAACCUUGAUCAUGCAAAGAACCUGCAUUGUACGAACUAGUCUGUUAGCGACGACACGACUGAGCUGACGUACUCGUAUAUCGCAGCUCCGACACCAGUACAGUCUCGGCAAUGUCAGUUCUCCUGGUUCUACUGUACGCUGUCUGUGUACUCCUGUUGACAAUGUACUUGCGGUUCAGAUGGCAGUACAGACAUGUUCUCGCCACCGCUACCAAACUACCGUGUCCUCCCACCCUGCCCAUCUUGGGUAACGCACUCCUCUUCUUUGGUGACACCGUUAAUGUGACUAAAAAUUUACUAAAAAUAACAACAGCGUUCGAAGGCAUUUUUUGCAUUUGGAUGGGCCCAGUUCCUCUGUUUGUAGUGGCAGAACCUGCGGAUGCCCAGGUUAUUUUAAACUGCUCUAGUACACUGGAAAGAGAUAAAGUUUACUCAUUGUUCAAAACAUUUGUGGGUAAUAGUCUUCUUUCUGCUCCGGUUCACAUAUGGAAGAGGUACCGGAAACUGAUAAAUCCCGUGCUGCAUCCUUCUAAUGUGGAGCACUUCCUUCCGGUCUUCAAUAACGUAGGUAGGACGUUAACAGACCGGUUCUUUGUCAGCUCCUCACCUUCAGAUCGCACAGAUGACAUAUUCGACAUGGCCUUGGAUGCUAGCUUAAGGACGGUAAUUUCAAGAAUCCCCAUUUCUGAUGAAACAAAGACGGACAUAAAAUACGUACUUGAUAGUAUAGGCAGGAUAUUCAUCUUAAGAGUGUUCAAAGUUUGGUUACACGUGGACUGGCUGUUUAACUUGAUCUAUUGGAAGGAGCUGAAGCAGGCUCACAAAAUUAUGGGCAAAUUUAUGAACACUAUCAAUCAGGGUUGUAAAGAAGAGGAGACUAUUCGAAAGGGAAUAAUUCCAGAUCCAAAUCUGGGUAAUGCCCGCUUGUCAGGAAUAAAUUUGUUGGAUGUAAUGUUUGAUAAUCUGCCACUAAUAGUGGAAGACCAUGAUUGGAGGGAUGAAGUUACUACUAUGAUAGCAGGUGCAUCUGACACAGUUGUUUCUUGUCUGAAUCUACUGAUUUUUACUUUGGGACACCACCCGGAAAUCCAGGACAAGAUAUUCAUGGAGAUCCAGGAAGUAAUGGGAGACUUGGACCGUGACGUUACCGCUGGUGACGUUAACGGUAUGACGUACCUUGGUCAGGUCAUCCUAGAGAGCCUUAGACUCCACGGUAACAUAGUUACGAUCAUGAGGAAAGCCACCAAAGAUACUAAGUUACCCGGAUGCACACUGCCAGCUGGUAGUCGAGUAGUGAUAAUGCUCCAUGCUCUGGGUUGGAACGAAGAGCAGUUCCCAAAACCUGAACUGUUCCAGCCUGAACGGUUCUCUCCAGACAAACAAAAGGAACGACACAACCACUCUUUCCUGCCGUUCAGCGCUGGCCCUCGUAACUGCAUAGGUAAGAUAUAUGCGAUGAUGCUUCUGAAGACAGCCCUGGUCCAUAUCCUGAGACGCCUAAGGGUGACGUCACACACUAAACUGUCGGAUAUAGAGUACGAGCUGAAGGUGGUGAUGUACAGCAAGACUCCUCUUCUGGUCUCCUUCCAUCCACGAUAGCAAGGAUUUACUUUUAAUCUCUUACAAAAGUGACCUAUAGAAUUGGUUUAUUACACAUUGCUUAGCUAUCUUAAGUUUAAAUCUCAGAAUUUAAAAAACACCAUUUGCAAAACUGACGCUUUUUAUAUUUUGUACUCAAUGGACUACAAAUUAUUUUUGUUUUAAUAUCUUGCAGAACAUAUUUUAUUCAUUUAUUAAAGGCACUACUUUUAUAAUGUUCCCCAUAAUUAUUGUAUAACUCUGUUUGCCAUAUAAUGAAAGCGUUCAUUAUUAAUAGGACUCCAUUACUAAUUACAAUUACAAAAUAAAAAUGUAACUUUUUUAGAGAUACUGAUGUUUGAUAAAAUGAAAUUCAAUCAUGUCAUAUCAUACUAUCAUAUUAUAUUAUACUAUUAUAGAUCAUAUUAUACUAUUUUACUAAAUGUUUAAACAAUUUGUUUUAAUUUUCUUUUACAAUCAAUCCUCUCCGUUGAAUACACAAGUCUUUAAUUAUGAGGCGGUUUAGUUUUGCUGUCUUAUUUUAAACUUGACUAUUGUUAAAUGAAAGGUGAUUAAAUUGGUCCAAAUAAAAGUAGGAUAUUAUUCUUUUAUUGGAAGUGACUAGUAUCCUAUCCCAAAGUUCCUACAAUUCUACAUCAGUAACUGUAUAACAUUGUGAGCUAAAAUAAAACAUAAAUUGAUUUCUUGA